AUGGCGAAAAUGGUAUACAUGGCUUUACCUUUCCUCGCACAACCACACAAAACCUCCAAAGCUUCUUCUUCAUCACCGUCUUCUUCAAAACCAUCGAAGCUUCAACAUAGAACCCGCAGCACCAACAUAUCCGUUCCAUCAUCUACCAACGUUGCUGCUAACCGUUCUCUUAAACCCCAGAAGCUUAAUUCAGAUGUUUCUCCUCACAGAGCUGUGUCUGCGGUGAGAUUGAUGAGAAUUGAACUUGGUGGUGCUUUUGCUGGCCUUCUUAAUGAGAAAGGGAAAGGUUCUGGUGAAAAUGAGAUGGGUUAUGUUCAAAGAACGCUUGGCUUUCGUACUCGAGAAUUGAAUAAUCAAGACCUUAGAUUGGUUACAGAAAUUGUUGGGGGUACAAUUCGUUGGAGGAGAUACCUUGAUCAUUUAAUCAGUUCAUUGUGCCACGAUAAAGAUAUAUCUAGUAUGGAACCUCUUCUCUUACAGAUUCUACGAAUUGGCUUCUAUGAGAUUCUCAAAUUAGAUAUGCCACCUUAUGCUGUUGUAGAUGAGAAUGUGCAGCUUGCCAAAGCUGCUCUCAGGCCUGGUGCAGGCAACUUGGUCAACGGAAUCCUCCGAACGCUAGUUCUACUCAAGGAAAAUGAAACUCUUCCUUUGCCCAAAGUAGAGGGUGAUGAUCGUUCUCAAGCACGUGCUCUGGCAACUCUCUACUCACAUCCAGUUUGGAUAGUAAGGAGAUGGACAAAGUAUCUUGGUCAGGAAGAAACCAUUAAAUUGAUGAUAUGGAAUAACAGUGAACCGAGUUAUAGUUUAAGAGCAAAUCGGGCAAUAGGUUUUUCAAGAGACGACCUUGUGGCACAGCUUAAUGCGUUGAAGGUUCCACACAAGCUUUCAUUGCAUUUGGAUGAUUUUGUUCGCAUCAAAACUGGGUUGCAGACCAUCAUUCAUGCUGGCCUACUCAAAGAGGGUUUAUGUUCAGUUCAGGAUGAGAGUGCAGGUCUUAUAGUUUCUAUUGUGGAUCCUCAACCCGGUGAAACCAUUGUUGAUUGUUGCGCUGCUCCUGGUGGAAAGACCCUCUACAUGGCCUCUCAUUUAAGUGGACAGGGCAUGGUAUACGCAAUUGAUGUAAAUAGUGGUAGGUUGAGAAUUCUUAAAGAGACAGCAAAGUUGCAUCAAGUAGAUGGUGUCGUUACCACCAUCCAUGCCGAUCUUCGUACAUUAACUGACGGUGAACCACUUAAGAGUAACAAAGUUUUGUUGGACGCGCCAUGCUCAGGGCUUGGCGUUCUUUCAAAGAGAGCGGACUUACGUUGGAACAGAAAUCUGGAAGAUAUGGAAGAAUUGAAGAAAUUACAGGAUGAACUCCUCGAUGCAGCAUCCACAUUGGUAAAACCCGGGGGAGUAUUAGUUUACAGUACAUGCUCCAUAGACCCUGAAGAGAAUGAUGAGAGGGUAGCUGCAUUUCUAUUAAGACAUCAUGAUUUUCACAUUGAUCCUGUAGACAGAUAUGUUCCACCUGAUUUUGUGACGCCAAAUGGUUUCUAUUUCUCCAACCCAGUGAAACAUUCACUCGAUGGCUCCUUUGCUGCUCGUUUGGUACGCGCGUUGUAA